AUGAAGCAGCAACACCAUUGUUGGCUAGCUGUGUGCCUGAUUUUAUUAUCUACCUUGGCUUUGGCCUCAGCCUAUUCGGCAAUGCCCAAAUAUUAUGAGGAUAUGGUUGAAGCGGCAAAUCAAAAUUAUCAACGUCGUCAACGUUCUCCAUACAACAACAACAAUGGUUUUAGCAGCAAUUACAAUAAUAAUUUUGGCAACAACUACAACAACAAUUAUAAGACCUCUUCAAAUUCCGACAAGGAUGCUGAAGUUGUACACAGUGAUAGUGACAUCAAGGCUGAUGGCAGCUAUUUCUAUGAAUUUGAAACCACAAAUGGCAUCAAACAAGCCGAACAAGGUACACCCGAUGGCACCAAACAAGGCUCCAGUUCAUAUAUUUCACCCGAGGGUAUUGAAAUUAAGACUACUUAUGUAGCUGAUGAAACUGGUUAUCAUCCCGUUGGUGAUCAUAUUCCCAAGAUUCCAGACUACAUUUUACGUUCCUUGGAGUAUAUCCGCACCCAUCCGUAUGUGGAGAAGGAUUACUAUACCGGGGAAUUGAAACAGGCCUCGUUUAAUAAUUUCGAUAAGGUUUUACCGCAACGUCGUCAAUCGAAUAAUAAUUACAACAACAAUAG